GUUAAGAGGAAAAGAAGAUAGGCCAUUUUGUUUUAAGUCUCUAAAACAAAAUUUUAAAUAAUUUUAAGAUGUAUCAACAUUUAAAGAAACAUUUGACUGGUCAACUUGAACUAUUGGAUGAGUCAAAUGUUUAUCUACAGAGUAGCAUCAGUGAUAUUGUACAGCAGAUUAAGAUCAGAGCCACUACUGACUCAAAUAAAGAUAUAAAAGAUGCAAUUGCUAUGGUAACAGCAGCACAAAGUACUUUGCAUGAUCUCACAUAUAUGUUUACAGAAUCCACAAAGCUGUACCCUCCCACUGUGAUAACAGGAGAAAAGACAACACCAGAAAGUUUGCAACCAACAGAUAGCGGAUUAAUUUCUAAAGACUUAUUAUCUGAUGAAUACAAUUCAGAAAUAUCUAGAAGACUAAAGGAUAUUGAAACAGCUUUAUCAUCCCUUCAAGACACAAAACAAAAGACUGAAGAUGACAUAGACGAGAUAAAACAAUGGAGAGACAAUUUUACGACAGAACAAAGUGACAUGGGGAUAAACAUUGAAAAGUUGUCAAAGAAACAUAAACAAAAUUUUAAAAACAUUAGGAAAGAAAUAAAAGAACAAGAUAACAAAACAGAGAAGCUUUGUGAAGAAAUGGAAAGUUUAAAAGAAAAAGAAUCAAUAUCUAAUAAAAUGUUAGAGAAAAUGUCCAUAGAUUUGAUAGAUUACAAAAGCAAUUUAGACAAUAUUAAUAAAGAGAUACAGGUUCAGAGAGAUCAAAAAGAAAAUGUAUCACAAGAAAUUAGGAGCCAUUCAGAUUUGAUAUCUGCAAUACAAGAAGAUGGAAAGAAAAACAUUUUACAUACAACUAAAUUGUGUGAAAAUAUACUAUCUAAGCACACUGUUAUAUGUAACCUUCUACAACAAAGAUUGAUGCCUAUUGACAAAAUGAUUCAAACUUUUAAUAGACAUUUUGAGACUAAGGAGAGAAAAGUGAAGAUUGAAACUCAGGAAAAAGAUGUAUUAACCUGGUCAACGGAUUAUCAGACAUUUACCAAUCAAGAAGUAAAACAUUCUACACUUGGAUUUAUUGCUUCACAAGGGCGCUGGGAUGGGACAUACCGUAAAGGACACCCAGUUAUUACAUUCAGUGAUGUAGAACAUAACGUAGGAAACCAUUUUGAUCCAAAGACUGGAGAGUUUACCGCCCCUGUUGAUGGCCUGUAUAAAGCAAGUCUUAGAAUAAAACAAACAGGAGAUCGUGCUGUACAAGGUUGUGUUGGGCACAAAUCUGGUGGUGUGGAGUCAUGGCUCAGUGUUGUUUGGACACAAGAAAAAUCUCUUAUGUCUGACUACUUAAAGAAACAUUUAACUAAUCAGCUCGAGCUUUUGGACGAGUCAAGUUUUUACCUACAAAGUAGCAUCAGUGAUUUUGUACAGCAGAUCACCACAAUUGCAAAGAAAAGUGUAAACAACACUUCUGACACCAAUAUGACAGUUAAAGAUGCAAUCACUAUGGUAACAAAAGCGCAAAGUGCAUUACAUGAACAUAUCCAUUUAUUAACUGAAACCACCAACAUGUACUCUUCCACAGAGCUGACAGAAGAAGAGACAAGAAGAGAAAGUUUAAAGCAAUCACAAGCAGAGAAUAUUUCUAACACUUUUCUCGGUAAACUUGUUUCAGUGGUAUAG